UUUUUGCAGGUGCAGGUUGCUGGUCGUGCGACUGACGUUGCUGGUUUUGUGUUCGAGUGACUUUUGUUUUUCCUUUUUUUCUGUCUGUUGGGUUCUUCCUCAGAUUUGGGAUGUCUGCCGCCAAAUUGCCCAUCCGGCCAUACGUAAAAAGGAACGAGUGCAUGCGUUGAAAGAGCGGAAUUCCUGAGGAUCAGCAUGCGUUCCAGCUGUUUGGCGCCUCCUGUUUGCGGGGGGAAUUCUUUGGAUGCGUGUGGGGAUUCUAAAGGCAACUCGAACCACAGAUGGGCGAUGGCUGGGAAUGUAACUUUGUGGCAGUUCUUGCUAGACCUUCUCCGUGGGCAAAACUUAGAUCAUAUUAUUGCGUGGACUUCCACCGAGGAGAACGGCGAAUUCAAACUCAUUGAUGCGGAGGAAGUUGCUCGGCUGUGGGGACUGAAGAAGAAUAAAACAAAUAUGAACUACGACAAGUUGAGUCGUGCGUUACGAUACUACUAUGACAAGGGCAUCAUACGGAAAGUCAUGGGACAGAAGUUUGUUUAUCGGUUCGAAGGUUCCACUAAAGUUGAGCACAUGGGAUUAUGCGGCGAGGAUGGUAUGGGUGCGACAGUAGUUUCUCAAUCGUUUCCGGGCCGGAAUUCCGUGGAGUCGCCAAUGGACGAUUCCAACGAUAGCGUUCGCCAAGGGUAUUCUUCCGGGCCUUACUGGGAAUCAGCUCCGCGCUGUGAAGCUCCCCCAAAACUGGAAAGACAUCCCAGUGCAGAGUCUGGCUAUCAGAAUCCUCAGUUUUUCCCGCAAUCUUGUGCUCCCGCCGUGUCCACAUCAGCAGCUGCCAUGCACUACGCCGUUGCUCCGAGCAGAGGCUUCCUCUCGAAUGCAUCUAUUCCAUCUUGGACCUCAACGGAACACAAUCGUCAUCAACAACAAGUUAUGGAGAGACGAAAUAUGUUGUUUCAACAAGAGCAGAUAAUUAUGGAGCAGCAACGACGAGAGGAGAAGAGGAGGAUUGAAUCGGAAGAGGAUGAGGCGAAACGGAGACAGCUGGAAGCGGAGAUGAAGGAGCGGAGAGAAAUGCAAGUGAAGCAAGACCAGCAACAGUGCCGAAGAAAAGUGGAAGGAACAAUAUUCAACUUCGAUUUUGUUGACAAGCUGAGGAAAGGAGCGGAUAAGGGCUAUUUGUCUGAAGAUUCCGAGGAUAUCAAGCCGACGGAUCUGAGCAUUCCUCGUAUAAAAACGGAGGAAACUUCCAAAUCUAAUUCUCCCGCAAAUUCGGAUGAAGACAAAGGUCCUUCAAGUGCAAAACUUACGCCUGGCGUGGUUAGCUUCAGCAUCGAUGCAAUUAUGUCUCCGUCACCGACGGGCUUCGGGUCACAACGGUUUGAAACUCUGACGCAAGAUUAUGGCAAUUCGGACGAGCUUCGAACUCCUCGUAUAUUCAUAUCCGAGCCCGCAGUUCCCGUCAUUCCGUUGCCGCCUGUUGACAAGAAACGAAAAUCACGUACCCUGUCGAAUUCCUCGUCAUCCAGCGGCGUGGGCUCCUUGUCCUCCGUUGCCAACAAGGAGGACCCUGAUGUGGACGUUGAGAACAAGGAAGACGACUUGAAAACUGUCGACUGUGAGAAUAGCAAAGCCGAGGAUUGCGGAGACGACGACAGCAGUAAGGAGAAGAAGAGAAAGAAGAAGCGGAAGCUAGUGAAGCAGCGCGGGAAGGCGGACGAAGACGAGGAUCGCAAACGAGGAAAGUCUGGUUGUUUCUCAACGCCGCUGGAACCUACAAAACGAGCAAGACUCAGCACCAGCAGCAACGAUGGCGGCAAGAGCCACAAGGCGAAGGGCAAAGUGAAGCCGAGUCCCUUGUCAAUUGACUCGAUCAUGGCUCCGUCUGUGCUAAACACACCCGGGCCCAUGGCGAGUCCGGGACAUGGGCAAUAUGCUUUGUCGCCGCUCGCGUUCGCCAACGUUUUUGGUUCGUUGCAUUCGCCGAUCACGAGCUCGAGUUCGGCUGCUGCCGCCGUGGCGACUCUGGCGCUCGCGCAGUCACAUUUUCCGCCUUCAGCGCUUCCGAGUCCGUUUCCGCCGCAGUCGAGUCUGAGUUUCUGGAGCUCGUUGUCGCCGCUGGCGGUCAGUCCGAGGUUCGUGCACCCGCAUCAUUUCCAGUUCCCGAUGCCUGUUUCUGUGGCAAAGCCGCAAGUUUCUACUUUGGCCACGGGGGAUCAGGACAAGCAUGUCGUGUGAGAUUCGCCGACGGGAGGUUUGGUGAAUUUUUUAUUUCAUUUUUUUUUCAUUUCCAACCCCGUCACCGUGCGCGAGGUAUGGGUUCAGAUUGAGGCAAUAUUUGGCCAACGUAUUUCUUUUGGGUUAAGAGCACACGCAUUAAAAGCUAAUCUUUUUUCAUCAUAAUUGCGAACUGGGUCUAGGCUCAGCUUUCCCGUGUUUAUUACAGAAAUAGUAUACAGUACUUGAAGGUAAUAUCGCACAUUGGUUUUCAUCAAACGAAGAAAUGUUCCCUUUUUUUAUUUGACAUUUUUUGUUUGGGUCUUGGAUUACAUAAAUCAAUCGAGUCAAACCAAUGACGUGGAAAAAAAUACGCACGUGAGCUUACGUGCUUGUCAUGGUGCCAUGAGAAGUCGUAACAUCACGUCGCGGAAUCUAGAAUUGAUAAAUUACUUGUUUUUAUUAAGCUUUGUUAUUGUUUUUAGACUUUUUACAAUAGCUUAUUUGAAUUUUUCAUGGUUCUACGUUUGCAAUGAUGCCUCUUUUGUCUGCCUGGAAGUCGAACAAAGAAUGUGUGCAUUGUUCUUCACCCAAAGAAAAAUAUUUUUGCCAAAAUCCUGCUUCAAAUUCCGGUCUUUCUGUUACCGUCUCGGUGUCUGACGCUCAAAGUUUUUUGUUGUGUUCCAUGAUGAGGAGUUUGCGCUGAAAGAUAUUUUUUUCUUUUACUUCGGGAUUGUCCUGAAAGAUUUUUGUUUUCGGGAGAUGGAAAACGAGGGGAAGAGUUUAAUUUAGCUUUUUUAACGGAGGAUUUUGUUACUGUCGAGUGACUCUCGCGAAUGUUCAACGCAUAUUUCUUUUUCUUACGAAAAAUCGUUCGUUGAUGCUGAGUGUUGCUUUUUUUGCGGUGUGCAACUGAUCGAGCUUAAGCGUGCUCAUGAGUGGGAUCCUGAAUUCUUCCAUGGCUGUAUUUUUAAAACCUUUUGCUUGAGUCGAUACAGUUUUAUAAAAGAUUUUGAGAUUUAUGCCGCCUUAUCUAGUAACUCGUCUUGCUUGUCUCUCACGUGUUUGCCACCUCGCUUUGAGAACAUUCGGAUGAAGAGCACCUAUUGGCAUUGUCAGUAGAACGACUGAAUUUUUUGAUCUCCAUAGUUUGCCGAGAAUUGAACCGUUUGUGUAAAGUUAAGUUGUUGGAAGUUUUUAGGACGGAAACACAUAUUUGAACCAGUAAUAAGAUUUUAACAAUGUUUGAAGCGUUAGUUCUGCUUGUUUGCCCUUCAGAUUUUCAAAUCUUUCAAAAGGAGAAAUGUUGGCCUUUUUCACGAAGAAAUCAAGUGUCCAUUUGCCUGUGCCUUGAAAAGAGCCUGCUUUGUACAACGGCUGAGGCUGUACAAACCGAACUUUAGCCUGCAGAGAUCUGAGUGUAAUUUUGAUGUUGCUGUGCCAUGAGAUUGACGAGUUAUUUUGUGAACUUUUUGGGGGGUGGGGGCGUAGAUCUGCUCAGAACCUGACCCAGCAAGUACAAGGAGUGAUUUUUUUUUUCGAGACGGGGGAACAAAAACUUGAAAGUAUUCGCGUCCCCGCAGGGUUAAAGGCGUGUCCGUCUGAUUUGUGAUGACUCGGGAGUUCUCUGUGUGUCGAAAAUUUUGUCCCAACAAAACAGCGGCAUUCAUAUGUCAAAUGAUGGGUUUCGGAGCCUUUUUUAUGAUUGGGUUUCGGGGCAACAACAAAAGAAAAAUAAGUGGGUAAUUAGCGCGUGUAGUGGUUUUUAUUUUUUCGUGCACGAGCUUCCUUGUUGAGCGAAAGGUCGAUUUUCGUAUUCGGGUUCUGCGUUUCGCCAAGAUUUGAUCGAGUGAAUGCAUGAAGUCCUCAGAAGUGUAACGUCGAAGCGUCCGGUUUUUUUUUUUGUGGGGAAGAGAUUAUUUUGCAUUGAAAGAGAACCGUGGCCUUCUGAAGUUUCAAGUGCCUGCCGUUUCCGCAUCCCGAGCUAAAAAAAAAAAGAUAUGUCCCAGCUCUCUCCCUGUUCAUUUGGAACAUUUUCUUGACGAGUGCCUUAUGAGGAUGUUGGUGCCAUGAUCGUGCCGUUGUCACUCUGUUUUUUGCCUUAUCGGAGUGAAGCUUUUCUCCCCAACAACGUUUGAGGAUGUUCAGAGAAAGGGCAAUUGAAGUUCUCUGUGGUUGAAGGUUUUGUUGAGGCCCGAGGGUUUUCGGUGGUUAUUGGGUGACGAACUUUGAGCAUUCAUACUAUGCUUGCCGUGUUAUAUCUCGAGAAAGUUUGAGUUUUUUAAACGAAAUUGCAGUUUUUUCCGUUCUCCCGGGAAAAGCGGAGAGAUUCAGCGGAAAGAGGUCGACCUGUGGGGAAAUUCAGGUGGAAUAAAAAAAUUUUCGUCCGCAAAAUAAUUUAGUUCUUGCCGUACGUUGAGUGAGCAGAAACAAAUUUUUUUUCAGGUGUGUGGAAGUGAACGGUUGAUUUUGUUUGCUAUUCAAUUAUGGGCAUUCUCUCGGAAUCCUAAUUCUUUUUUCUCUGCUCUGCGAAUGCGGAGGUUGUUUCACGAGUUUUUGUGACUCCAUGCUUGCAGUUGUUUUGCGCAUUCCUGUUGAGAGGAUUCACUGGGCAAACGUUUUCUUCCUGGAAUAAAAGGGGGUUUCGCCAAGACAUGGUGGCAUUCUGAAAUACUGUACAUUGGUACUGAGGACAGAGAAAUGGCCGUUCGUUUUAAGAAACGCAGUCAAGAUAGAUUUUCGUUCGACUGGACUAGUUCUUGGUGAAAUUCCCGUCGAUGAUGCAGUAGUAAUUUCUUAAAAUGCAAUCUUUUUUAUAUUUUCCUCCCGCCGUAUCUUGAAGCAGGUUGUUAAUCAAUAACCGAAAAGAACAAUUUUCGUGCAAACUGCAGAACUAAAUGAAUGAGGGCAUUUCAUAACCCUAAUUUUUUUUUUUGCAGCAUGGUACUCUGUUCUUCUGACUCGUUCGAAACCUAAAUCUUCAUCAAUUGUGACGCAAAUUUGCCGUGCUAAGUAUUGAGAAAACAGCGUUGGAUUUUUAGCAUCAAAAAUAAGUAUUCUUUGUUUCCUCGAUGAGUUCAACCUGCAGCGAAUUUACUUUUUUAAUCUCACCCCUGCAGUAUUUAAGCUGACGUGAAAUGUGGAAAGGUGGAAGUUCUUAUACGAAAACUUGAAUUUGUAAAGUUAACGACGGAAAUUGUGAGGAAAGAAAUUUUUCGCUUAAAAGGAAGUGUUUUCAAAUUUACAAACAAAGAUGGGGCAUUUUGAAGUUAUUUUCCCUGAUAUUUAGGAAUCUUCAUAGUUUCGUUCUGUAUGUCUGCCGAGUUUGUUGUCAGAAUCUAGUAUUAAAUUUCGUAGUGUUUGAACUGAAAUUAAUUUUGGAUGCCUCGUAGCAAAUUUUAUCUUGGUGCUAGUUUGAACCGACAAAGAAAGAAAAAACUGGAAUUUAUCUUGUUAAAGCGUGGAAUUGCAAAACCUCAAAAUCAACUUUCGUAGAUUUCGCCCGAUUUCUGCGUUGUACAGUUGAGCAUGUGCCCAAUUCUUGUUGCGUCCCUCUUGUCGAGUAAGAAAACGGUUCAGCCGGGGACUUGUUUUACAAAUGUUUCGGUAUGUAUUUGACAUUGGUCUCAUAAGACGUCUGGUGAUACAUUUUUUAUUGAUUUCAUAUUUUCUUUUUUUUAGGCGUGUUCGUUUCUUCUGGGAAGGCAGGUUUUUGUUGAGGGUUUUUUUGUGGGGGAGAAGCACUUGUGUGUUCUUGAAUCAUGGUUUUUUUUUUUCUGCUCUGCUUUUCGCGGUAGAAUGGGGAAUAGUAUCCACCAGAAGUUUGUGAUGUUGAGAGCGGAAGUCCUGGUUUGUGUUUGCCUUUGCGGCGGAAGUCCGGGAAGGAUUUUUCGAGUCCGUCGAUCCGCGAGAUGAAGGAAAAGACAAGGUUGAAAAAGCGUUCAAAAAUGUUUUUUUGCGCCUUGAAAAAAAAAUGGGCUCAAUGGUUGCUUUGCUUUGUUCCGAGUCUCGUGUGGCCUGUUUCUCGUGGUCAUGCUUUUCGCGUUAUUUUCGUAUCUUCGCGCGAAAAAAAAAUAUUUGUGGGGCGAUUUUUUGUGUUUUAUUUUUUCGGUACAUUCGAUGGGCGAUGGCUGACAUAAAAGCGGAAUGUUUGCUGAGAUGGAAAA